AUGAUCAUCCGACGUCCGACAACAGUUUUCGUGAGAGCGAUACCGCCGAUCCGACCUACCCGCUCUCGAUUCCUCCUUCCUUUGCAAUCUACUCCAACUUUCUCGCCCCUUAUCGCUACUCGAUGGAACUCCAAUACACCUAGACAACCAUUCACUCCUCCCGCGGUAAAGAAUAGAAGUACUACAACAAAUACACAGGGUCAGAGCUCAGAUACCGUUCAUGUCUCCAGUGCUGGAAAACCAUUGAAAGAGAAAGUAGCUCAAGCUUGGUCUACACCUACUCGAUGGUAUCCUAUCCCUUUCGCUCUCGGUGCAUUGGUAUUAUUAGCUGUUCAAUAUAGGAAAUCUACGAGAGAUGAGAUAGAAGUUGAAUCUCAAGGUGAAGGUGGAGCUGUAAUGAAAAAAGGAGGUCAAAGAGUCGAUGGUCCAUGGCAGGUCAGAGUUCUAGGUGCACUACCUCUCAGAUCUUUGUCCCAGUUAUGGGGUUACCUCAAUGGUUUAGUCUUACCAGUAUGGUUCAGACCCUUUGGAUUCAAAUUGUACUCGUCGAUAUUCGGAUGUAAUCUCGACGAAGUACCUAAAGAUUUGAAGGAAUAUGAAAGUUUAGGAGACUUCUUUUAUAGGGAGAUGAAGGAAGGUCAAAGACCAAUCGCUGAUGCGCCUAUGGUGUCACCCGCGGACGGUCGAGUACUUCAUUUCGGUGAAAUAGUCGGAGAGAGAGUUGAACAAGUCAAAGGUAUAACAUAUUCUUUACAAGCUUUACUUGGAUCUGAAUCAUCUUCAUACGGAGAAGCCACAAACAUAAAAGGUAAAGAUGAAGUUGUCGAUGAUGAAAAUUUCGCAAAUAUAAAUGAUAUACCAUAUUCACUUUCAAGUUUAAUUGGAAAAGGAGGACCUAAAACAGGAGAAUCGAAAUCACAUGAAGAUAAAACAUUACCUCGAACAUCAGAAAAAGAAGCUGAUGCAUCACAUAGACCUGAAGAACAUGAUAUGACUCAUGAUGCAUCUGUUGCCGCAAAAUUAGGUUCUUCAGCUAUAAAUCCUAAAACAGGUCCAGAAGGUGAAUUACCAAGAUUAAAUGAAGAGAAUAAAUUGUAUUUCAUGGUGGUCUAUUUAGCUCCUGGUGAUUAUCACAGAUUCCAUUCACCUACUUCAUGGAUAGUUGAAAGAAGAAGACAUUUCACCGGUGAUCUAUUCUCGGUUUCACCUUAUAUCGCCAACAGGAUGCAAGAUUUAUUCGUCUUGAAUGAGAGAGUAGCUUUAUUGGGUAGAUGGAAAUAUGGAUUUUAUUCAAUGGUUCCUGUCGGCGCAACAAACGUCGGUUCAAUCAAGAUUAACUUCGAUGAAGCCCUAAGGACGAAUACCAGGAAACUCACACAUCCACCGCAUACGUACGCUGAAGCAGUCUACAGUUCGGCAUCCGUAUUGAAAGGGCAACCGCUGUUAGCAGGUGACGAAAUGGGUGGAUUCCAAUUAGGUAGUACAAUCGUAAUGGUCUUUGAAGCUCCCAAAAAUUGGAAGUUCAAGGUUGAGCCUGGACAAAAAGUAAAAAUGGGUGAAGCCUUGGGAAGGCUCGAAGAAUGA